CUCAACUGCUUAGAUAUCCUGAGCCUACUACUGCAGAGGAACCUCCAGUUGCAGCACCAUGAAUCAAAGUGCUGUUCUUAUAUUCUGCCUUAUCUUUCUGACUCUGAGUGGAACUCAAGGAAUACCUCUCUCUAGAACUACACGCUGUACCUGCAUUAACAUUAGUGAUCGACCUAUUCCUCCAAGGUCCUUAGAAAAACUUGAAAUGAUUCCUGCAAGUCAAUCUUGUCAACGUGUUGAGAUCAUUGCCACAAUGAAAAAGAAUGGGGAGAAAAGGUGUCUGAAUCCAGAGUCCAAGACCGUCAAGAAUUUACUGAAAGCAAUUAGCAAGGAAAGGUCUAAAAGAUCUCCUUGAACACUGAGAGAAGUAUAAUCACAGUACUACUGAUACGGAUGGACCAAAGAGAGGCCGCCUCUGCCAUCAUUUCCCUGCAUACAGUAUAUGUCAAGCCCUAAUUGUCCCCGGAUUGCAGUUCUCCUAAGAUGACCAACCAGUCACCUAAUUAGCUGCUACUACUCCUGCAGGGAGGUGGAUGGUUCAUCAUCCUGAGCUGUUCAGUAGUAACUCUGCCUUGGCACUAUACUAUAAGCUAUGCUGAGGUGCUACAUUCUUAGUAAAUGUGCCAAGACCUAGCCCUGCUACUGACACUUUCCUCACCUUGCCUAUACUCUAAAGGUUCUCAACGGAUCUUUCCACCUCUGGGCUUAUCAGAGUUCUCAGAUCUCAAAUAACUAAAAGGUACGCAAUCAAAGCAAUAAUACAAUCUGCUUUUUUAAGAAAGAUCUUCACUCCAUGGACUUCUACUGCCGUUCCCCCAAGGAGCCCAUAUUCUUCCAGUGGUUAUAUACACAAAAUUCCAAAUACAUAGAAGAAGCUAGAAAUGUUGGAAAUGUGUGAAAACAGUAUUAUUUAAUGGAAAGCUAUACAAAAUAGAAGUCUUAGAUGUACAUAUUUCUUACAUUGUUUUCAGUGUUUAUGGAAUAACUUACGUGAUUAAGUACUACACAUGAAUGACCAAUAGGAGAAAAUUUUUGAAAUCUAGAUAUAUGUUCUGCAUGAUAUGUAAGACAAAAUAUGCUGGAUGUUUUUCAAAAUAGAAAUAAUGUGCUCUUCCAGAAAUAUUAAGAAAAUAUUGUUUAACUGCUGAGAGACAAAAAAAGUAAUAAAGUAAUUAUA